AUGUGUCUGAAAAAACGAAAGUACGAUGAAAGUAAUGUUCAAUAUGGAUUUACAUCCAUCAAUAUUAAUGGAGAAGAGAAACCUCAGUGUGUUAUUUGCAAUAAAGUUCUAUCAUAUGAUUCUAUGAAACCUACAAAAUUAAAACAGCAUUUAGAAAACGUUCAUCCUCAACAUAAAACUAAAGAUAAAAGUUUUUUUGAACAAAUAGCAAAACAAAAAAAACCACAUACAAUCGGUGAAACUUUAAUCAAACCCUGUGCCCUUAAAAUGGGAGAUUAA